AUGGAGAGACUAGUGAGAAGUUAUAUGAUCACUUCAAAUGAUGCAACCGAUGAUUCUAAUUCAAUUGUUUCAUCAAUCGUGCAAAACAUUUGGAGUGGCCAAUUAUCGUUGCUUGCAUUAGUUACAACACUCGAAGAAUUUUUGACUAGUGAAGAAUCAUCGAUUCGAGCUAAAGGCACGGGACUUUUAUCAGCUGUUCUAACAGAAUGUCCCCAAGAACAAGUGAAUUUAGCAGCUGUCAAUGUGUUGGUAGAUUUCUAUUGUGAAAGAUUAUCCGAUACAACUUGUGUUCCGGAACUUAUUCGUGGUCUAGUAUCUAUUUCACAAUUUAAUUCUUUCCAAGAAGAAUGUGCCAUUAAAGUUUCAAAAUCAAUUUUUUCAAAUGUGAAUGUUCAAAAUUAUCAACAAACAACGCGUCAUGGAGUAUUUCUAAUAUUUGAUGUGUUAUUAAAUACAUGCAAAAAAUUAGGAACUGAAUUUGUUAAAGGAUUUAUUCAAGCUAUGGAUGGAGAAAAAGAUCCAAGAAACCUAUUAUUGGCAUUUUCUUUGGUUAAAUUAAUUAUCAAAGAAUUUGAUAUAUCUGAGCAUGUAGAGGAAUUGUUUGAAGUUACUUUUUGUUACUUUCCUAUUACAUUCAGACCACCACCAGAUGAUCCUUAUGGAAUUACUUCUGAUGAUUUGAAAAUUUCAUUAAGGGAAUGUUUAUCAGCAACAGCAAAAUUUGCUAAAAAUGCAAUGCCACUUUUUUUAGAAAAGUUGACUUCUAGUUCUGGAAAUGCCAAGAAAGAUUCAAUGGAAACUUUGGCAGCUUGUGCUCCAGUAUAUGGAACAGAAAACAUUGUCCCUUAUAUUGAUGAUUUAUGGGAAUAUUUAAAAGAUGAGAUCUUUAAUGCUAAAGAUGAUUCAUUUGAAGUAAUCGCUCUUGAUACAAUCCGUAGUUUAGUUGUAACAUUAUCAGCUGGAGUUAUUGGAAAAUCUGACCAUUUACAACGAUUUUUGAAAACAGUAGUCACUGAAUGCAUGGAAAAUUUAAAAGUACCUGAACUUAAAUUAUCUAAGCCAUGUGGAAGAAUUUUAAAAUAUUGUGCAAUGGCUUCUGCAACGAGGAAGAAAGCAAUAUUAGAAAUAUUAAUGGAAUUUAUUGUUGCUGCUCAAAAUCUUUAUGGAACAAUUGAAAGAAAUAAUGAUUCAUUAAUCGAAUUAGAUUUCUCAAUUCCAUUAAUAUCAUUUAAGAAUGAUCUUUUAAGAAUAUUUAGUUCAGCAUUAAUGAAAACUGAAGAAUAUAAUGAAUUACGACUUUGUGGUUUACGAGGAUUACAUGGAAUGAUUCUAUUGAGACAAUUUUUAUUAGAUCAUGAAAUUGAAGAUAUUUUGAAAUAUUUUAAUCAAAUAAUUCUCAUUCAAGAUAAUGAUCAAGAUAUUAUAAAAGAGACGUUAAAAUAUUUAGGUGAUAUCGCACAUUAUAAACCUUUUACAGUGUUAAAAAUUACAAUCCCAAUAUUUAUAUCUCAACUUCCUUCCAAUUAUGAAUCGUUAAAACUUGAUGAUAUUCAUGGAACUAAAUAUUCUAAAGUACUUGAUGCAAUUUCUGAAGUUGCUAUUGAAAAAGUUAUAUUUGAAGCUUUAGUACCUGAAAUUCUUGCAAAAUUGGAUGUUUCAUCAAAUUUAAGUAUAGAAUACAUAGAAUUCUUAUUACAUACUCUUCAUACAUUAUUCAUUAAAAAAUCAUCUUUAAAUCACGACGAUAUUUCAAAAUAUUCAAAUAUUUUGAUACCUCACCUUAUUUCAAAAUGCGUGGGUCCAACUUUAGAAAUAAGAAGUAAAAAUCAUGAUGAUAAAGGGGAAGAAUAUUACGGUGACGUUUUUUGUGAUUUGAAGAUUAUUCAAACUAUUGCGGGAAUAAUUUCUAUAAUAACAAAGAAUAUGAAUUCUAGAGAACAGACAAUGUUUAUCACUCAAAUAUUCGAAUUAUUUACUCAAGGAAAUUUACAAUUUAUUCCUUUUUCAGAAAUAGAAAAGAACAAACAUGCGAUUGCAUUCAAUCCGCUUAUGAUUGAAUCGAGUUCAGCUCAAAAGAAUUUAACUUUAUUAUUUACUGCUGCCGUUGGUUAUAUGAGACAAGAAGUUUCAUGUCCCAUACCAAAUAUUUCUGAUUUUCUUUCAAGAAUUGUGAAUGCUUCAUUACUAUCCAAUAAUGAAAUACAUCAAAAUUCUUUGGCUCAAUUGACUGCUUCAAUAUUGAAUAAAUGGAAUCAAGAAAAUGAAUUAGAGAAUUUUAUUAAAAUUCAUAUGUUGGAUGAAUUGGUUAGAUAUUUAUCUUCUCCUUCGUCUAUUGGAGAAUCGGAAUCUAAUAGAAUUGCUUCAUUAAAUAUUUUUAUUUGGGCAUUAGUCUUACGUACUCAUCCGGCUGGAUACGAAUGUAUAAAUUAUAUCAUAAAUUUGUUCAAUGAUGAUACAUUAGGAAAAAAAGCAUCAUCUGAUGGAUUUAAAAUAAUUAUUGGAGAUAGUGAUUUACUAAAUAAACAAAGUUUUGCCGUGAUAAAGGUAUUUCCUUUAUUAGUUCAUUCCUUAUCAUUACCUGAUCCUGAUCUCAAAGCUUCUACUAUUGAUACCUUUUAUUUAAUUUCACUUGAAAUGCCACAUAUAAUAUCUGAACAUGUUUCAACUUUAAUACCUUUAUUGUUAUCUUUAACUAACGUGGAAGUUCGUAUGGCAGCAUUACAAUGUCUAAGUGUAUUUCCUGAUACCGUUUCAUUUGACGUAUUAUAUCCUUUCAAAUCAAAGAUUAUAAGAGAUUUGGAAAAAGUCUUGGAUGAUAAAAAACGAAUAGUUAGAAAAGAAGCUGUCAAUUGUCGUAAAUCAUCAACAAUCUUUGAACGGGAACAAUUUUUAUCAGCAAAUAGUUUUUUACCUGGUAUUAUUGAAGAUGAAGAUGAAGGUGAAGAUGAUUUUAUUGUUAUUAGUGGUGGUGGUGAUGAGAAAGAAUCAUCUUGUGGAAUAACAGGAUUAGAAGGAAUUAUUGAAAAAAUCGGAUAUGGAAAAUUUCAAAAACGAUUGUUGGGACUUUGUGGGUUUGGAUGGCUUGCUGACAAUUUAUGGUUUCAGGCAAUAUCAAUUAUAUUACCAAGAGUCCAAAUUCAUUUCCAAGUAUCAAAUUCAAUAUUAGGAUUACUACCUAGUGCUAUUAUUUUAGGAAUGAUGUUUGGUGCAAUAUUUUGGGGCGUUUUUUCUGAUACAUUUGGACGUAAACAAGCUUUUAAUUGGACUCUCAUUUUAACGGCAUUUUUUGGUUUAAUUUCAAGUUUAUCACAAAAUUUUUGGCAAUUGUGUUUAGUAAUGUUUUUAUUAGGAACUGGUGUUGGAGGAAAUUUACCGGUUGACGGUGCAAUUUUUCUUGAAUUUGUGCCCAAAAAUCAACAAUAUCUUCUAACAUUUAUGUCAAUAUUUUGGUCAUUUGGAGCUAUUAUUACUUUAAUUAUAGCAUAUUUUAUAUUGCCAUCAAACAGUUGUCCUGAAACAUCAAAUCCACCUUGUGAUGUUUAUACUCAUAAUAAUGGUUGGAGAUAUUUAUUGGCUAUUUGUGGUUUUUUGACAUUAUUUAUGCUUAUUUGUCGAAUCUUAUUUUUUGGAUUAAAAGAAUCACCAAAAUAUUUAAUUGCACGUAAUAGAAAAAAUGAAGCAGUAGAUAUAUUGCGUGAAGUUGCUCGUAUUAAUGGUUCUGAAGUUACCAUCAAUGUUAGUGAUUUAACAAUAUCAAAUUUGGAUAGACGACAUGAUCACCCAUCUUCAUAUAAUAAUUUCUUUUCAGAACCUAUAACUUUUAUCAAAAAAAAUUUUAGAUAUUUUAUUUUAGAAUUACAACCUCUUUUUGCUCCUAAAUGGAUUCGUACAACUAUACUCGUAUGGUCUUUCUGGGCUCUUAAUUCAUUUGCUUAUAAUAUGUUUAGUACCUUUUUACCUGAAUUUUUGGAAUUUCAAGAAAUGAAAAAUGAAUUUAAAUCAAAUCUCGAUAUUAGUGGUAGUAAUUUUAGUACUGUUAGUAAUAUUAGUGAUAUUAAUAAUAUUAGUAAUUUUGAUAAUGGAAAUGGAGAUAUUGACAUAUCUAACGUAAUUAGACAAGUAAUAAAAGAAUUUAUAAUAUUUUCAGUUUGGGGAAUACCUGGAACAUUAAUUGGAACUUAUUUAAUCGAAACGUCUUUAGGUCGUAUAUAUACUAUGUCACUAGGGGCAUUUGGUUCUGCAUUAUCUGUAUUUCUUUUUACUAUAUUUGAUUCAAGGAUCGGAACUGUCACUUGUAAUAUUCUCUUUAAUGUUUUAGUUACAAUUGAAUAUGCUGUAAUUUAUGGUUAUACUGCCGAAGUUUUUGAAACAAAAAUAAGAGGAACUGCAAAUGGUUUUGCUUCGGCUUGUGCAAGAAUAACUGGUAUGCUGGGUCCAGUGAUUGCUGGAAAUCUUAUAGCGAUUAGUAAUACAUUGCCAUUAUAUGUUUCUUCUAUAAUUUUUGUAUUAGUAGGAAUUUGUAUGACUUUAUUACCUAUUGAAACUCGAGGUAGACAAGCAUUAUAA